AUGCAUAACGUCUGCACUGCAACCAACUUCCGCGCCCGCUUCGAGUUGCGACUGCCAAUUGAGUGCCCUGAUGCCCUUCGGUGCAUUCGUGUGCCGGUGGCGGCGGCGGCGGCGGUGUCACCUUGCGCGGUUGCCAGUCGCGCCCCCUCCCCCACCCCAACCACACCCUGCCCCUCCCACGCCUGCGCCCCAUGUAAAAGCCACCACCUCCCCCCGUUCCCCCGUCCCCCCACACCGCUUCACCCUCAGAGGGAGGAAGCAGUCAGGUGCACAGCUUGCAACAGUAGCUCUGUGGCCCGCCGCACCGGUUGCCAUGCGAAAUACGCAAAACCACUCGCCUCCUCUCAUAAUGUAAUGCCGUUACACAUAUUGCUAUACUCCGCAAUAAAUACAUAUGAUGUUCUUUAUCAUUCGCUUACU